AUGCGUUACUCUACGAUCACCUCUGCUGUCCUUUUGGCGGCGACGACAGCUCCCGCGCUCGCGUACCCGGUCACUACUCGCGCAACCGAGGAUGCCUCCAUAGUUGAGCGCGAGCUCCAAGACGCACUGGUGGAGCGCGGCUACUACGACGACCUCGUCUCUCGAGACCUUGAGGCGCGUGGUGGCGGCCCUUCAAAGAGUGAUAAGGCGCACGCCGCGUCGAUAGCUCGGAUGAGGAAGGAGCAUCAGGACCGGAUGCGUCAGAAUCCCGGCUUCAUUCGGGAUCCGCCGAGCGCAAUUUGGACCGCGUCUAGGGAGGGUACGCCUCUGCAACAUCCGCGGCCGUACCGCCCGGCGCAGAAAGCCGAAUUCCUUCCCAAGAAACCCCGGGAGUACGACUUCAACGGCGAGCUGUUCGAGCGCGGCUUCGAGAUAGACGAGCUUGACUGA